UCCGUUGCGGAUUAGUAUUACAUUCACAUAGACCUCGUGAUGACGACGAGAAGUCGCGCCUCAAGCCGAUGAGCGUUGUUGAAAUCUCUAUUUCAUUUUCGCUUUUUUCGUAGUUUUAAGUUUUUCCCAGAAAAAAAAAGAAAAACGUAUAGAAAGUAUAAAACCAAAGUAGGAGUGACGGUCCCAGUUUGGUGAGAUUUUUUUUCCUUUUUGUUUUCACUUUCUCAUUCCCUCUGUUUCUCCUUCAGAUUCAGAGUCUUCUCUGCCUCUCUCAGAGGCUUGUAGUAUUAUCAGGUAACCCUCGCAACAUUUUCAGUUGACCCAGAAGAAAUCCACUACUUCUCUCCUUUCUAAUCUCUAUUAUUGUGUAAAUAUCAUUUCAUUCCCCAAAUAUCAUUUUAAACCUUCCUGCAUUUCAGCUUCCGUGGAGGAUUUUGUUGAACAGUCCGUCCUGGAACUCACAGUUCAGGUCUAUCCUUUGAGUCUCAACUUGUCCUUUUGUAAUUCUUUGACGUUUUGGUUAGUUAGAGCUCCGUUCUAGUCGAUAUUCUUCGAAUAUUGGCCUCUGCUAAAUUCGCCGAAAUAAAGUGUUUUCUUCAGUGUCUUUGGAGAUUUAACAAGUGGGUAGAAGGUGAAAACCGCCUCAAUUUAGCAGAUAUUUAGAUAUACAUGCCAAAAUCUCGGCCCCAAUGAUCUAGAUACCCUUGGCUGCAGUCAGGGAGAAAAUGAGCUAUCUGAUGAAAUGUGGUUGGCCUGCAUUCAGUAGAAAUGAAGACUAUACAGCAUUUGUGAUAUCUCGUCACUAAAUGAAGUGAACUUCUAUGGAGUCACAGAGCACACAAGAAAUACACUCCUCAACCCAAGUUUCACAUGAGUCCCAAGGUGAACAACCAAACAACCACAAAACUGAGGCUCCUGUCACAGACUCAGGUUCAGUAUCUGCUUCGAGCAAUGAUAGCAAAAAGGUUUCACGCCAAGAUAUUGAACUUGUCCAGAAUCUUAUAGAGCGAUGUCUACAAUUAUAUAUGAAUAGAGAUGAGGUGGUUAAGACCCUCUUGACUCGUGCAAGGAUAGAUCCUGGAUUUACAACUCUUGUAUGGCAGAAGUUGGAAGAAGAAAAUGCUGAUUUUUUCAGGGCCUAUUAUAUACGGCUAAAAUUGAAAAAACAAAUCCUCCUCUUCAAUCAUCUGCUCGAGCAUCAGUAUCAUCUGAUGAAGUAUCCCGUACCUCCAAAGGUUCCUUUGGCCCCAAUACAAAAUGGAAUUCAUCCCAUGCCUGUUAACAACUUACCGAUGGGAUACCCUGUCCUACAGCAACCUUCCAUUCCAGCUGCAGGUCAACCUCAUCUCAACCCGAUGGGCUGUGGAAUUUCAAGCUGUCACGUGGUUAAUGGAGUCCCUGCUCCAAGCAAUUUUCAUCCCAUUCGGAUGAAUUCUGGGAAUGAUAUGGUGAUGGAGAGCAGUACUGCUGAUGUGACUCCCAUUGUUCCCCCAAAUGGCACCAUGUCAUCCAUGUCAGAGAUGGCUGUGAGUCCUACAUCAGUGGCAUCAAGUGGCCAUUUCCCCUUUACCACAUCAGAAAUAUCAGGAAUUGGGGUAGAUGCAUCAGCGCUUGAUACAGCAUUUACAUCAGAUGUGGCAAGUUCAGUAGGAUUGCAACUUGCGCCAGAUGGUGGAGCUGGAAAUUCCAGGGAUUCUCUGAGAUCGCUGGAUCAGAUACCGUGGAGUUUCAGUUUAUCAGAUCUAACAGCUGAUUUAUCAAACUUGGGAGACUUGGGAGCCUUGGGAAAUUAUCCUGGUUCCCCCUUUUUGCCAUCUGAUUCAGAGCUUUUGCUUGAUUCUCCUGAGCAGGAGGAUAUAGUGGAGGAGUUCUUUGUUGAUUCUGUACCUGGACCAUCAUGCUCUCCAUCAGAUGAAGAGAAACCUUAGAGAAAGGCGAGUCACAUCUGGUUUUGCUUUAUAUUGGUGAUGAUAGGAUAACAUUAAAGCAAUAAAUAAGAAUUCUUCUUCAGGUUUCUCAGCAUGUUGGGAUCUUCUUGUUAACGUAUUUGAACAUCGUACUAUGUAUUCUGCAUUAAUUUGCAG